AAGAGAGCCCUAUAAACACCAUUUCCAUCACAUCCAAGAACACUAAGUGAACAAGUAGUGAUGUCUCUUACCUUUCUCCUCUUCCUCCUCAACUUGGCCAUGGCUGCAACCAAAGAGCUCCGGCCAGGUUACUACUCCGAAACUUGCCCACAGGCAGAACUUCUUGUCAGGAAUGUGAUCAAGAAGAAUAUGGCAAGAGAUCCCAGAAGCGCAGCCUCAGUCAUGCGCCUGCAGUUCCAUGAUUGCUUUGUUAAUGGAUGUGAUGCUUCGCUGCUGCUGGAUGACACACCAAACAUGCUUGGAGAAAAACUUUCUUUAUCCAAUAUAAAUUCACUGAGGUCAUAUGAAGUUAUUGAUGCAGCCAAGAAAGCAGUCGAGAAAGUCUGUCCAGGUGUUGUUUCUUGUGCUGACAUCUUAAUCAUGGCUGCAAGAGAUGCUACUGUUCUGAGUGGAGGGCCUGACUGGGAAGUGAAGUUAGGAAGGCUAGACAGCUUAACAGCAAGCCAGGAAGAUUCAGAUAGUAUCAUGCCAAGCCCAAGGGCAAACUCGAGUUACCUCAUUGAUCUCUUUGGCAGAUUCAAUCUCUCUGUGAAGGAUCUAGUGGCACUUUCGGGUUCUCAUUCCAUUGGUAAAGGAAGGUGUUUUUCUAUUGUUUUUCGGCUAUACAACCAAUCAGGUUCGGGCAAGCCUGACCCAGCCAUGGAUCCAAUGUUUAGAGCAAAGUUACAGAAGCAAUGCCCACGUGUUGGGGAUGGAAAUGUAACGGGAGACUUGGAUGCAACAACUGUAGCAUUUGACAACCAAUACUUUAAGGACUUGGUCCAUCAAAGAGGAUUUCUAAACUCAGACCAAACACUCUUCACCUUCCCUCAAACCAGGGGUUACGUGAGGCAAUUUAGUAAAAACCAAAAUAAAUUCUUUAAGGCAUUUGUUAAAGGGAUGAUAAAAAUGGGUGAUCUGCAAUCGGGUCACCGUGGAGAGAUCAGAAGAAACUGCAGAGUAGUAAAUAGCCAGCAGCCUGUAAAAUUGUUGGAAUCUUGAAAAAAAGAUCCUUCUGUCGGUUGUGCUAUUGAUUGACAGAAUUAGAGACCUAUUGUGCAAUGUUGCCAAUAAAAUUCAUACUUCAGUUCAA